CGUUAGACACCACACAGACAGGAGAGGAGCUGAGGGCGACUUUAACUGGAGAUACACAACGGUUCCCAUUAGGGAGAAGAAAAAACAUGUUUUAGUUGGAAACAAUGAAAUAGACGCGAGUAGUUACCGUCAGAAUGACCAGCAGCGGCGGAAUAAUUAACGUUUGACAACUUUGGAUUUUUUUUUCUUACUUUAAAACGAUAACAAUCUCACAAGAUAAAACAGCACUGCCUCCCUAACGCCGACCUUUAUUUUUUAAGACUGUGGCGACUAUUCAUCGGGUUCAAAUCAAGACCUUUAAAAGGGAAGAAAAACAAAAAACGCCACGAAGGCUGAUCGAUUCCUGAACUGCUUAAAGUGGAUCAAAUUCAACCUUCACUGUUUUUCAUCUGAGCUUUAAUUAAAAGAACCAAAACAUCCGAACUGAGGCGAACACUGGAGUCACCUGGUGCAAGGAGCUGAAUGGCCUCUGUUGUAGCAGUGAAAACUGAGAAGCGACCUGCAGCUGAUUCUCAGGAUGCAGAGUCAAAUGCUAAGAAGCCCAGGAAAUUGCUGCCCAGCCUAAAGACCAAGCGUGCCCCCGAGCUUGUCCUGGUGAUUGGCACGGGGGUGAGCUCUGCAGUAGCUCCCCAGGUUCCUGCUCUCCGCUCAUGGAAAGGGCUCAUCCAGGCCCUGCUUGAUGCAGCCAACGACUUCGACCUGCUGGAGGAGGAAGAGAGCCGGCGUUUCCAGAAGCACAUGCAGGAGGAUAAGAAUUUGGUGCAUGUGGCCCAUGACCUCAUUCAGAAACUGUCUCCGAGGACAGGAAAUGUACGAUCCACGUUCUUCAAAGACUGUCUUUACGAGGUUUUUGAUGACUUGGAAAGCAAGAUGGAGCAUGCAGGGAAACACCUCCUGCAAUCUGUCCUGCAACUGAUGGAGAGUGGCGCACUGGUGCUUACCACCAACUUCGACAACCUGUUGGAGAUCUAUGCAGCCCACCAGGGAACCAAACUGGAGUCUUUAGACCUGACUGAUGAGAAGAAGGUGUUGGAGUGGGCUCAGGAGAAACGGAGGUUGAGUGUUCUGCAUAUCCACGGUGUUUACACUAACCCCUGCGGCAUUGUGCUGCACCCUGCUGGCUACCAGAAUGUACUGAGGAACACAGAGGUCAUGUGCGAGAUCCAGAAGUUGUACGAGACCAAAUCCUUCGUGUUUCUCGGCUGCGGACGCACCGUGGACGAUACAACCUUUCAGGCUCUAUUCCUGGAGGCGGUCAAACACAAGUCCGACCUGGAGCACUUCAUGCUCGUACGGCGGGAGGACGUGGGCGAGUUCAAGAAGCUACGUGACAACAUGCUGGACAAGGGCAUCAAGGUCAUAUCCUACGGCGACGAAUACGCGGACCUCCCUGAGUAUUUUGAGAGGCUGGCAAACGAGAUCUGCAACAGAGACGUGUCUACGAACGGCUGGGGGUCACCUUCCCAAAAUGCAGAGGAACAGCAGAAUGGCUUCAGUACACAGAAAAACCUCCUCCAGGGCUAGAAGGAGCAGGUGCAACGCCCUCACUGUGAGAAGCUGCCACAUUCAACAGACAUUUUUCGCAUAACUAAAAUUGGGACUGACUGCAUGGAAAGUGUCUUCGGGAGAAUCAGCUGUGACAGAAUGUUUUCAUUCUUGGUUUAAAUGAUCCCCGUCACCAGAGUUGGUAGAAAACAUGGGAUCUGUUUCUUCUUCAUCUUAAAGAGUCUAGUUCACUAAGUGCGAUUUAGUCUAUUCUAUUUGGUGAUUCUUGGGUGACCUAAAGAUAUUUGUAUAUCUCCGAUCCUUGUUUUUAUUUUAUUUGAAUGAGUUGAGUUAAAUCCAUCAAUGCCAAAACCAAAAACCUCAAAUGCCAUUUCCCAACACCAAAAUGCUUCAGAGAAACUAAACGCUGCUGCGUUAAACUCAGAGAACACAAUGUUCUCAAUUCAGACUGCACAAAAACUCACAGCUUUGUAUCCAAGCAGAUGAAAUGAAAGGCGAACUCCCAAACCUGGCGUUGAUAGAUUUAAUCCGUCACUCAGAACCCUGUUAGCAGAAUAAUUAAAGGAAGGGUUGGGCAGAAUAUAACUUUUCCCAAAACAUGACAGGUAAAUGAGUUGGUGUUAUGUUAAAAAGGUCAGGAGAGGGUUUUUUUUUUGUUUGUUUUUUCCAUAGCAGUUCUGCUCCCUUAUUGGAGCAAUCCCUAUGCUUUAAACAAAGUGUUCUUUGUAUGCUUUAUUGUAUUUUUAAAACCUGAAU